AUGGGGGUGAGCUGGGGUAGCGUCGUCCCCUUUGGUCUGGGGAUUGAUGGCGGUGAGAAUACUCCUGCUCUGGCGAGAAGCCACACCUUGGUGACCCAGCAUAAUGUUGAUAUCUCUGCGGUGAUGCAUGCGGAAAGAAGCGUGAAGCUGCUCUUCCCCGCUGAUGAGGGGACCAUUCUGGUGAGCGCUGGGAGAGUUAAAGCUGUGGUGUCCAUUCAGCCUGAUGCACAUGUGUUCAUUGGAGAGCGUCUUACUCUCAGAUGCGACACACAGGGAGGAGGAGACACUCAGUGGCCAUACAGCUGGAAUAAGAAUAAUAAUAGACUCUCCACAGACAGAAGAUCUAUAACCUCAAAGGAGUUUAGUAUCUGGUCUGUUGGUGACUCUGACGGUGGUUCCUACACCUGCAGUGGACAGGAUUCAGAGAUCAGUGAUGCUGUUACACUGACUGUAUCAGAAAAACCCAAAGCGACUGUGAGAGUGAAUCCUCAGAGCUUCGUCUACACUGGAGACACCAUCACUCUGAGCUGUGAGCUGCAGCAGGGGGCUGGAUGGCAGUUUCACUGGGACAAAUAUAAUCAGGAUUCGCAGUUUGUGAACACUGGAGCUACAGACACCAACACACUCAGAGUGAUAGUUGAUACUGCAGGAGAAACCGGGUAUCUGUGUGGAGCACACAGGCGGAACGCACGGACAAACACAGACUACUACACAGACUCCAGUGAUGAAGUCAGGAUUACAGUAAGAGUGAAAUCAAAACCUAUAGCAUCUGUGAAUCCUGAUAAACAGGUGUUCAGUGGAGACGCCGUCACUGUGAGAUGUGACCAACAGGAUGAAAGUGUCUCGAGCUGGCAGUACAGCUGGUAUAAAGAUCCUUCACACAGUGGUGUCAGUAGUGAACAGGUGUACACAAUCAGUGGUGUUAAAGUGACCCACACAGGUAACUACACCUGUAGAGGAGCAGAGAGAGGAGGCUCACGCUCAUCACACUUCAGUGAUGCUGUUACACUGGAAGGUGUGGGUGAAUCUCCUCCAGUCUCUCUGAUCAUCAAUCCCAACAGAACUCAACACUUUACUUCUGACUCUCUCUCACUGAGCUGUAACUCUACUGACCAGAGUCGUUCUACUGGAUGGACAGUGAGACGAUACACACACAGUGAGGGAGUGUUAGAUUGUUCUCCAUGUAAAAUCAGCUCCCUCUCCACAUCCUACACUGGAGUUUACUGGUGUCACUCUGAAUCUGGAGAAAACAGGAAUCCUGUUAACAUCACAGUGCAGGAUGGUGCUGUGAUCCUGGAGAGUCCUGUCCAUCCUGUGACUGAGGGACAUCCUCUGACUCUACACUGUUUAUAUCGAAACCCAAAGCCCUCAAACCUCCGAGGUGAUUUCUAUAAAGAUGGAUCAGUCCUCCAGACACAGACUACACGAGAGAUGAUCAUCCUUAAGGUCUCAAAGUCAGAUGAAGGUUUCUACCACUGUAAACACCCAGAGAGAGGAGAGUCACUGAAAAGCUGGGUCUCAGUCAGACGUCCAUCAUGUGUAGAAGCUCCAUUCUCAGUGCUCAUGCCGAUCUGCAGUGUAGUGACGGCCUCUCCGUAUCUGCUGGCGACCAUCAUUCUGCUGGUCAAAUGUUACAGAGCUCGAAAGGUCAUGCUACACCACCAGCAGCCAGCAGAGGGCAACAGCAGCACACAGUGA